AUGAAGUUCUCACAUUCGCUGCAGUUCAACUCUGUUCCAGAAUGGUCUUCCAAAUAUAUUGCUUACUCCAAUUUGAAAAAGACUAUAUACAACUUACAAAAGGAAAAAUUAUACAAUAACAUAUCUUCGGCGUCUAGCGUGUCAAAUGUGGUUGACACGGAACAGCAGCCGUUACUAUUGGACACUUCAACAGAUCCGUAUAUUAAAAGAUUUUUAGAACAGCUAAAUUCAGAAGUUAAAAAGAUAGAUAAAUUCUUCAUAUCUCAAAAAACCGGUUUAAUAGCCAAUUACAAUGAAUUGAAUGAUGAUAUUCGGGAUUUUGAAGUUAGUUUAUUGACUGCUCCAGUCUUUAAAAGGCGUAGAUCUACAAGAAGACUCUCUUCUGUGUCUUCUAAUGAAUCGAUGCUUUCUCAAAAUUUACCAUUGUCGAUCGAUUCCGGUCCAGAUGAUGAAAUUGAAGGUAUUAAUGAAGAUUUUAAUUAUUAUACGCGUAUGAAUCCGUUAUUACAACAAAGUGUCAUAUUGAAAAAAAGAAUUGUUGUACUCUUUACACAAUUAUCAGAGUUGAAAGACUAUAUCGAAUUGAAUAAGACAGGUUUUAGAAAAAUCUGUAAAAAAUUCGAUAAAUCUUUAAACACAAGUAUAAAAGAUCCUUUCAUGGAAAAACUUUGUCAAGGUUCAAACACUUUCAAACCUGAGACUCUGGCUAAGAUCACAGAAUACAUCGAUGAAUGUAUCGUCACUUAUGCUAAAUUGUCAAAUCAAGAUAGUACAGGUAAUUUGGGCCUCAAUAAGACAAAUACUAGCGAUGAUAACGGUAGUAGUCAGGGUACAGAACCACAAGACUUUGUUCCUUACGACUUUGAAAAUGCAAAGAAAGAAUUAUCAACACAUUUGAGAGAACAUGUCGUAUGGGAAAGAAAUACAGUAUGGAAAGAUAUGAUGAAUUUGGAAAGGAAAUCACAAAAUGCAAAGGCAAGUACUUCCGAAAAGAUUGAACCACUAGAUUCAAGUCUAAAUCUCACUUUAUCGGAUUUCUUAAGCUUACCGCCCGCCAAAAUUAUUAAUUUAGUGGUAAAUUCUAACUCAUUUAUCAAAUUUGCAGCAAUAACUGCGAUUUUUAUCUUAUUAUUAUGUUACUAUAGUCCAUUUAAUGAUGUUUUACAACAAAAUUGUUUUGCUAUCUUAAUAUAUGCUUCAUUACUAUGGGCAACUGAAACGAUACCACUAUUUGUCACCUCUUUGUUUAUACCUUUACUGAUAGUGAUCUUCCCCACGUUGAAAGAUCCAGUGUCAAACAUCCCUUUAAAUUCUAUUCAGUCCUCUCAAUACAUCCUUUCCUCGAUGUGGACAAGCGUUAUUAUGUUAUUACUAGGUGGCUUUACGUUAGCAGCCGCUUUAUCCAAAUAUAAUAUUGCCAAGGUUCUAUCUACUCAUAUCCUAUCAUCGGCAGGGACAAAUCCAAAAGUGAUUCUACUGACAAUCAUGUUUGUCGCAUCAUUUGUGUCAAUGUGGGUCUCAAAUGUUGCUGCCCCAGUAUUAUGUUAUUCGAUCAUACAACCAUUAUUGAGAACUUUGCCGAGACAUAAUACAUUCUCUAAAUCAUUAAUUCUUGGUAUUGCUCUAGCAUCAAAUGUAGGCGGUAUGGCUUCUCCCAUUGCGUCUCCACAAAAUAUUUUUGCUUUCGGUAUAAUGAAUUCGCCUCCUUCAUGGGUAGAAUGGUUCAUAAUAACAACUCCGGUCUGUAUUAUUUGUAAUUUUAUUAUUUGGGUAAUGUUAUUGGUAUCAUUUCCAAUAGAUUAUAAGAAUACCAAAAUCUUAAAGCUACACCGCAUAACGGACCCCUUCACGGUAACACAAUGGUUUGUUUCUAUUGUCUGUGUCGUGACAAUUCUUCUUUGGUGUCUCUCGAAUAAACUGUCUUCUCAACUGGGCGAAAUGGGUAUUAUUUCCAUUAUACCCAUUUUAUUAUUAUUUGGCACAGGGUUAUUAAGUUCCGACGAUUUCAAUAACUUCAUGUGGAAUAUCGUGGUUCUUGCAAUGGGUGGUUCUACCUUAGGAAAAGCUGUCAGCAACUCUGGUUUACUUGCUACAAUUGCUCACCUUAUCAAGGAGGAAAUACAAGACGAAUCAUUAAUUUAUAUUAUAAUAACGUUUGGCCUUUGUGUAUUGGUGAUGGCAACUUUUAUCUCACAUACCGUAUCUGCUAUGAUUGUAGUGCCUUUAAUGGGCGAGAUUGGGGCUAAUCUACCUGGUGAUCACUCAAAAUUAUUGAUUAUGAUUUCCACUUUGCUAUGUUCUUGCGCAAUGGGUUUACCCACUUCUGGAUUUCCCAACGUUACUGCAAUUUCGAUGAUUGAUGAGGCAGGCGAUAGGUAUUUGAGUGUAAUGCACGUUAUUAGCAGGGGUGUACCGGUCAGUAUUGCUUGCUAUUUCAUAGUAGUCACAGUGGGUUUCGGAAUGAUGAAAUUAUUGGGCUAUUAA